AUGGACCAAACAGAGCAACGAGCACAGCAAUUCCGCAAGCUGUGGGCUACUGCUCUGGCGCAGUACAAUAGGGAAACUCGCCUGAAUAUCGAGGAUCCUGCCAUACCUCAUCCUCGAAAUGUUGACGAGCUGAUAAGUUCCUUGAAAUUGCAGCAUGCUGAAUUUGGAGAAGACACGAGGAGCAAUGCCUUUACGAAUAUCAUUAAAGGCGCUAUCGGGCCGUUCAACUUCCUGUCGAAUUCUGUCGGCAGUACUGUGGCUCCAGCUGGAAGGGGUGUAACACAAUCAUUUGAUGCUGUUUCUGGACUCUUCGAGGAGCUGGGACAGUGCACGAAGCGACUCAAUGAAGUCAGCCAUGAGGAAAUCCCAGACGCAUUACUGCCAGUCUACCAACUGAUGCUCAUUGGUCUUAUGAACGUACUGGCCUUGGCUACGAAAGUCACUUUCCGCCAGAUGAAAGAUGUCAAAGAAGGAGAUCAUCAGAUGGUAAUCAAUCUCAAGAAAAAAUUCCGGUCUGCUUUCCAGAAUGUGGAUGAAUACAUCAAGCAGCUGCUUUAUGGCGGAAACGGCGAAGUCCAAGGGGCGAUUGGUGAGAUCAAAAAGCUGGUCGAGCGUGAGUCCCUCGUGAUGCAAGCUGUGAUCACGCGAAAGACUACGAGGAUUGAGGCUGUCGUCAAGGAAACCGACACUAAGAUCGAACUUUUGAUUCAACAGCAACGAAGCUUCUCGAUCGAAAUAGGUCAAGUGGUGAUCGACUUGAAGAGUAGCACCGCUGAGAUGAGCAAAAAGGUCGACAAGAUCUCGGACAAGAUCGAUGCAGGCCUGGCCGAGACCCGCCGAAACAACGCCGUCUCAAAAGCAAACCAAGAAGAGAUGAUGGCCGGCAUAAAACAGAUACUCCAGCUCAGCAGUUCCAAAGAUGGCAGCACAUCUAAUGAACCUGUAGCAAAGGCGGUAAUGAACAGGUCCAACAACAAGCACGAUACACUGACUUCCUUGAGGGUCCGCCUUGACAUCAAAAAGACAGAGAAGGCCAAUGCUGCGGCCUUGGACAUGACAAGUGGUCCACCGGAGCUUCAUGACACGAGCAACUGGAUCUUACAAGAACCUGCAGUUCGAGACUGGCUUGAUGGUCGCACUCGACUAGCAAUCGUAAGCGGUGAGCCCGGAUUUGGUAAGACAUUCUUGGCGGGUCGAGCUGUUCGAGAGCUGCUGUCGAAGCACAAGCCAGGCUCUCAGUCUAAUGAUAGGGUCGUGGCAUAUUUCUUUGGUCGCAAGGCGCAUCCAGAGCUUGGCUCCGUCAACGCCAUUCUUCGCACAUUGGCCUUCCAGCUGGCAGCAAGUGACAAAGUGUACGCCAAAUAUCUCUCAGAAUUAUUCGAGAACAAAACGAUAGGGAAGGGCCAAUCUGGCCUCUUCAUGUGCGAAACUAGCACGGUCAGCCCGGACGAUGGGGAGGAGGAUGUGGUGCAGCAAGAGCUGAGUGAGGCGGAAGACUCAACGCCCGCCAGCCAAGUUAAAGACCAGUCAACUGAGCCUUUCGAAGCUGCUGAAAAUGGCCGGGAACAAGCUCCCAAGCUAACAGGAUUACCCACGAGUGCAACCCCGACCGAUUCAGUAGAGACAGCCACUGCCCAAAAGGCGACACUUCAGGCAGUUGUCGACUCGAUUGCCGGUAAACACAAGCUGGACUUUUCAUAUGAGCAAUACCUUGUGGAGAACAUUGCCGGGCUUUGGAAGCUUCUGUUCUGCGAAUACUACAAAAGCUCCAAGACUUCUGCCUGCAUGUUGCGUGACGACGGCUUCGAUGAGGACAAGAGCUUCGCAUUCGAGAACGCCGAUGCAUCUGCAAUUCUUGCCGCCGCGGAGUGGGCUGGUCGUGAUAAAAACGCCGUAUGGCAUGGCCGUGUGGCAUCAGCACUCCGCGACGCCGGGGACUACGAUGAAUCACACAUAUACUAUCGACAAGCUAUCCAAAUGGAUGAAGGCACUUGGCACUUCCAUUCAGGCCUGGCGUAUAAGUUCCUGGAGCAAGGUGACUAUUCGAACGCCGCGAACAGCAUGAAAGUUGCGGUAGCAUUCGUCGGCAUAUACGCCUACUGCCUAGAAGCCGAGCCUCUCCUUCGCCAGGUCGCAUUUUCAUCUUCGCAGCUGACCACAAUCAACAACUUGACCGCAGAUGCUAGAACCAGCUCAGACGGUCUACGAUGGACGAAAUUCCGGACAGAGACGACGAACAGGAAAGGAAUAAAGACGUAG